GCGCUCGAGAGGGUGCUCCUCGCCGCGUUGGACGCCAGCGGGGAGGAUCUCAAGUCCGCGGCGUCGUUCGCGCUCGGCGGCGUCGCCGCGGGGAACCGCGCGCGUUUCCUUCCCACGAUCCUCGCGAAGAUGGACGAGAUGCCGACGCAUCGGUACUCGCUGUUGUGUUCGCUCGGAGAGGUGAUUCGCGCGGGCGAACCCGAAGACGACGACGACGACGACGGCGGCGGCGACGGCGACGCGUCGUCCGCCGCGAAAACCGCGCAAUUAUCCGACGCGGAGCUCGACCAGAUCCUCGACGUCCUCUUCAAGAACGCCGGCAGCGACGAGGAGGGCGUCCGGAACGUCACCGCGGAGUGCCUCGGCCGGCUUGCCGCGCGGCGCCCGACGCGGCUGCUCCCGGAGCUGACGUCGCGUCUCGACCCCGCGCUUCACCCCGACGCGUCGACGCGCGUCACCGCGGUCACCGCGGUCAAGCACCUCGCGCGCGCGGUCGCGAAGCGGAAGGACGCGGUGCUGAGCGCGCUCGUCGCGCCGUGCCUCGCGUCGUGCGUCGUCGGUCCGAACGCCGCGCUGUCGGACGAGGACGUCGGCGUCAGGCGCGUUCUACGCGCCGCCGCGCAGACGUUGUCCGCCGCCGCGCACGCCGACGCGACGCUCGUGACGCCGUCGCUCCCGGACGCGCUCCCGGCGCUGAUCGCGAAGACGGAGAUCUUGAAAGACCUCGUGCGCGUCGUCGACCUGGGGCCGUUUAAGCACACCGUGGACGAUGGGUUAGACCUGCGCAAGGCGGCGUUCGAGUGCUUGGACACGCUCCUGGACGCGUGCUUGCAUCCGACGAAAAACGCGGGCGCGAUGACGCGACUCGGCGCCGCCGCGGGCUACCUCGACGCGCUGACGUCCGGCCUCGGGGAUCAGUACGACGUCAAGAUGGUCGCGCACGCGGUGCUCGUGAAGCUGUGUCGCGGCGACGCGAAGCGCGACGCGCGCGAGCGGUUAGCCGCGCUGUGUGAGCCGAUGAAGAAGACGCUCACGGCGAAGCUCAAGUCCGACGCG